AGAGAAUAAAAACUAGUGAACUACCACACCAUAAACACACAUCUUUUUCUCUCUUCCUCUCUCAAACAACAAUGGACUCUUCAGAAACUCUCAGUCAACAUGCCAAGGUUGUCACAAAACAAUGUGACAUCUUCCCUGCCGGAAAGUACCUAUCUUCUCGCCGGACUCAGUCGUUCUCCUCCUCUUGUUCAUCACUUUCACCUUCCACCUCCUCCUUUGAAUCAAUAUAUUUCAAUGAGGAUCCUCUGCUCAGUCCUGCAUCCCCACUAAUAAGGCUCUCUGGUGUUCCAUUUUCUUGGGAACAUUUACCAGGAAUUCCCAAGAAACAAAACUCCAAGAAAAAGCAGGACUCAUCCAUGAAACUGUUGCCAUUGCCCCCUCCAACCACCACCUCACAGCACUCUUCUAAGAGGACCACUCAUGAAGAAACUUGGAAGAAGAAUUCAACAAAAAGUGUCUUUCAAAGGGAUCCUUUCUUUGCUGCAAUGGUUGAAUGCUCAAAGGAUGAUGAUGACCAAGAAGAAAUUACAAGCGGUAAUUUGUGGAAUGGAGCUAAGGUUUCAAGGAGUGUUAGUGAUCGUUUUGGAUUUUUUAGCCUUUAUGGUUCUUGCAAGAGAACUUGUGCUGUUUCUGAAUCUCUAGUUUUUCUUCCAAGCUCAAGAAGAAGCACCUAUCAACAUGUUACUCGCAGGCCCCUCUGAGCAUUUUUCUGCUCCUAGUGUCAGUACAUGUUUGGAUGCACAGUAGAUUUUCACAUUAAGUGAUUAUGGGAGAAGCUAGUAGCUUUUGUGGUAGCAGAAUUGAUUCUAGAAGAUAUGAAUGUGAAUCCAAAUAUGCGGUGGGAAUCUACUCGUGUUCAUGUUGUUAUAACCAGAAAGAGGUAUUUCAAUCCCUUUUCAAGUACAUGUUUGGACCAUCUUCUUAUUUAUAAGAAUCAAUUCUGAAACUCAGAAGCUAUUUAAAGGAAGCUUCUACCAAGAAUUGAUUCUGACUUCAAAAUCAAUUGUGGAAGAUUUUCCAUACACUAGUUGUGUUAAUGUUGUUAUAAGGAAAAUCAAAAAGAAGUAUUCCAUUCAAUUUGAAGUGCAUAUUUGGAAUUUUUUCUACAAUUGAUCUAGAGUUCAAAUCAAUUCUGAAAAGAAGAUUUUAUGAUUAGCUUCGAGGUAUACUCAGAAUCGAUUCUGAGAAAAAAUAAGCUAAUCAGAACAUGUUAUAAACCUUGAUCCUUGUUGUUAUUAGUUUCUAAAAUAUGGCAUGUGAAGGCAAGUAUGUUGUUGGAAACAUAAGUUAUAUAUUGUAAUUUGUUAAUACAAGUAUAGGAAGCAGUGUUUGUCUCCUUUUGUUCAGAAAUCACUGAUUACAAUUUACAUGUACUGUUUCCAAUUUUUUUUAUGUUUUUGGUUUGUUUUGUUAUUAACCAGCUACUUCUCCAAAUACAGCACACUCUCUUUGCUGUAUUUCAUGGGAUACUAUCAAAUUUAUUAGUGAAAUUUACAUGAUCCCAUGUGGGAACAUUGCACAGACCACUGUGGAAGGAUACUGCCAAAUUCUGAUUUGACUUUCCUAUUAUCUAUGCUCAUUUGUAUUUGCAAAUAAUUGUGAUUCCCUAUAGUGAUGGCUUUGUUUCUAUGCAUGAUGAUGAUGUUGAUAACAACAAGUUGUUGAGAUU